AUGUGCCGCAGCCACAGCAGGCGGAAGGAACUGGAUGUUCCUGAGUGGCUGAAAAAGGAAUGGCAGUCAGGCGACAAGGGCCAGAUUGCCCGCCAGCUACAGGACGCGAACUUCAAUAGAGCUGACUUCAUCAAGCGCAUGGAAGUUACCGUCAGCCGCAAGAACGAAAAGGAGGUCCUUGUGGAUGAGGGGUGGUACACUAAGCAGGAGAUGAUGGAUGAUCUGGGUUGGAGCGAGACCUUCGUCUAA